ACGCACACAGUUUACCUUUAAUAAAACAGUCCUGUCAUCUAUUAACUUUACGUGUUUUGGGAUUUUAGUACUGUUUGAAAGCGGAUAGAUGUCUGAAGAGGUUUUUAAAAGGGCAGAAGAGGAGGCUGACACACCAGAUCUCGAGGGUCAGUCUGACGACAGCAGCGACGAGGGUGACGCUUCAGGAGACACUGAGAUGGAUUUCCUACGCAGUCUCUUCUCCCGAACUCUUGGCCUGAGUCAUGGAGAUAAAGUCUUGGAUGAGCUGACCCUGGAUGGCGUCGCCCGCUAUAUCCUGAGCGGCAAAUGCAAGAACAUUAUCUGUAUGGUUGGAGCUGGAAUAUCUACAUCUGCUGGAAUCCCAGAUUUCCGCUCUCCUGGCACCGGUCUAUAUGCCAAUUUGCAGAAGUUCAAUCUGCCUUACCCAGAGGCCAUCUUUCAGAUCGACUAUUUCAAGAAACAUCCAGAGCCCUUUUUUGCUCUCGCCAGAGAACUCUACCCAGGACAGUUUAAGCCCACAGUCUGUCACUAUUUUAUAAGGAUGCUGAAGGACAAAGGUCUACUGACUCGAUGUUACUCUCAGAAUAUCGAUACUUUAGAGAGAGUUGCAGGUCUGGAAGGAGAGGACCUGAUCGAAGCUCAUGGUACAUUUCACACCUCACACUGUGUGAGCUUCCUGUGUCGUAAGGAGUACUCCAUGGACUGGAUGAAAAAUAAAAUUUUCUCUGAAGAUAUUCCUAAGUGUGAUUCCUGUGGGAACCUGGUAAAACCUGAUAUUGUGUUUUUUGGGGAGAAUUUACCUGCCCGAUUCUUCGCUACCAUGAAAAUGGACUUUCCUCAAUGUGACCUUCUCAUCAUAAUGGGCACAUCCCUGCAGGUUCAACCGUUUGCAUCACUAGUCAAUAGAGUAUCAAACAGCUGUCCUAGACUGCUCAUCAAUAUGGAGAAAACCGGACAGUCAGAAUUUGGAAUGGGAUUAAUUGGUUUUGGAGGAGGAAUGGAUUUUGACUCAGACAAAGCCUACAGAGAUGUGGCUCACCUGAGCACCUGUGAUGAUGGCUGCAUGGCUCUCGCUGAACUGCUGGGCUGGAAAGCAGAGCUGGAAGAGAUGGUGAAGCGUGAACAUGCUUUAAUUGACAGCAAAGAUGCCAAAAAGAAAGACAAGGAAGCCAGUCAGAGCUCUAGAAGCACUGGGGCAGAGGCUGGAAAGAGUGACAAGACAGAAUAACCAAUUACAGCAUGAAGAGGCUGUCUAUG